AUGAAUAGAAAUGAUGAUUGUGUGAUUAUUGUACUCGAUCAAUCGUUCCGAUCUGAAAAAUUGUCUGCUUUGUAUUCUAGAAUUCAAAUCAACAGUUUGGCAUUACAUUUCAUUCCGACAAUUCCUCAAUUGAGUUUAUUGUUGAGAGAUGAAGAGGAAUUAUUACUUGAAUCAUUUAGAAAUAUGGAGAAACCAUACAUUCCUAAAGAGAAGAGAGAUGAUUUGAAUUUUAUGAGAAGAGCAGUGAGGGUGAAUCCAAAGAUUUAUGCAAAAUAUGAAAUUUUGCAGAAAGAUAAAGAGGCUACCUUGGAUGCUGUUGGCUUGGAUGGAAUGUUAUUGCAAAGCGCCCCUCAUUUCUCAGCUGACUUUGAUGUGGUUUUUAAAGCAUUUGUACAGAAUCCAUCAUCAAGGCAAUAUGUUAGUUGGACUGUGAACUCAUUAUUAACAGCAACUCAAGAGUUCAAAGACUGGGAUAUGAAGCUAAUUAGAAAUAGGACAGAGUUUACAGAAGAUUUCAAGAAUAAUCUCUACACACAAAUAAGAAAAUGUCCUAGUGAAAUAGACAAUUAUAUUAAUGGCUAUGAGAGCAAAAUGCUCAAACAGAGUAUUAAUGAGGAUUCUGAAAUAAUGAUGGAAUGUACUAGGAUACAUCCCUCAAUUUUCAAACUUGCACACCAAUCUUUGAGGUCAAACAAGGAGUUAGUAUUGGAAGCUUUAAAUAUCAAUGGAUUGCUACUGGGAUAUGUGGAUGAAUCUCUGUCAAAUGAUCUAGAUACAAUAAGAGCAGCCCUUAGUCAAAACAUAUAUGCUACUAACAGUAUAAGAGAGGAUUUAAAAACAACGGAUCUUUUGCUUGAAUUUCCUGGUGCUAUUGGGUUUUUCAAUGAUUCAUUCAGAUCAAAUAGAGAUAUAAUGAUGAAAGUUGUUCGACACGAUGGUAAAUUAUUGAAACAUGCAGAUAAUAAUUUAAAGUUAGACAGAGAGUUAGUAUUGGAAGCUGUUAAACAAAGUGGAAUGUCCAUCCAAUAUGCAGACCCAACACUACUGAAAGAUAGAGAGAUAGCUCUUUUUGCUGUUUCUCAAAAUGGAUAUUCAAUUAAUUAUUUCCAAAAAAUAUUUUCAAAUGAUAGACAAAUUAUUGAAAAGGCUAUUGAGGCAGAUGGUAUACAUUUGAGGUUUGGCUCAGUUGCAUUGAGGAAAGACAGGCAAAUAGUAUUGAAAGCAGUUUCAAAAAAUGGUUAUGCACUUAGAUAUGCUGCUUCAGAGUUCCAAAAGGACAAGGAAAUAGUCCUCUUGGCUUUAAAGAAAAACGGGCAAGCAACAGAGUUUGUGCACCCAAGUUUAUGGAGGGAUAUAGAUGUUGUUAAAUUGGCAGGAGAGCAUUCUGCUAGGGCUCUCUAUUUGGCCAGUGCCGAAAUCAAAUCUAAAAAGGAAAUAGUGUUACCAAUGCUUUUCAAAUUUGCAACCUGUUUUGAUUAUAUGGGACAAGAGUUGAGGCAGGAUAAAGAGUUUUUAUUGGUUGCCAUCCAACAAAAUUGUAGAGUUUUUGAAAAAUUGAAUAAGAAUCUAAAGCAAGAUGAAGAUUUCAUCAGAAGAUGUCUCGAGGUAAAUGGAGAAUGCUUUGUGUAUCUUGAUGAUGUUUACAAGAAGAAAUCAGAAUUUGUGAUAUUGGCUUGCAAUCGAAUUAUUUAUCAUUUGAGCGAUUUUCUAGCCAGAAAUAGCUUAUUUAGAAAUGAUUUCAACUUUGUUGAUCAAUGUGUUAAGAGGAAUGGUAGAGCACUGAAUUAUUUCAAAUUAGAUGAACUAGAUCAUGAUGGUAUGAGUAUCGUGAAAUUGGCCAUUAAGAGUGUACGCUAA